CCCUUCUCCAAGAAAUAUUACACACAAAAAGCAUUUCACAACAACUUUCCAAUUUUCUUGCAACUGCCAUUAAUUUUGGUGUUUCAAGUUCUGGUUUCAGUGAUCGUCAAAGAAGAUGAUGAGUCGUGGAGCAACGACUGUAGUCCGAUCGGUGAUGGGUCAAAUGGGUCCACGUUUACUGUCAACAGCAGCCGGAAACGCUUCCAUUACCGGUGUGAUGAGAGCCAACGCCGGCCUCAUCGGAUCUGAAAAAGGCGGUGGUGACAUGGUGGAUCACGUCGUCUCCGAUUGGCGCUCGCCAUGCGAGUACGAUGACAUUGGGGGAGAAAGUACAGCAGCCGGAUCAGAAGGAAGAGGCAACUGGUAGCGGCGGCGCAGCCGCCGGUGGUCAGAAAGGUAAAGAGGUCGUUAGUUACUGGGGUGUACAACCACCUAAAGUUACGAAAGAGGAUGGUUCAGAGUGGAAGUGGCAUUGCUUCAGGCCAUGGGAGACAUACCAAGCAGAUCUCUCGAUCGAUCUAAAGAAGCACCAUACUCCGACGACGUUCUUGGAUAAACUAGCAUACUGGACUGUCAAAUCUCUCCGAUUCCCUACCGAUGUUUUCUUUCAGAAAAGAUAUGGAUGUCGAGCAAUGAUGCUUGAAACCGUCGCCGCCGUUCCCGGAAUGGUCGGAGGAAUGCUCCUUCACUGUAAAUCCCUCCGGCGUUUCGAGCCCAGUGGUGGGUGGAUCAAAGCUCUAUUAGAAGAAGCCGAAAACGAAAGAAUGCAUCUAAUGACUUUCAUGGAGGUUUCCAAACCAAGGUGGUAUGAACGUGCCCUAGUUUUCACUGUUCAAGGCGUCUUCUUCAACGCCUACUUUCUCGCAUAUCUUGCUUCCCCUAAACUAGCGCACAGAAUCGUGGGGUACCUUGAGGAAGAAGCGAUCCAUUCAUACACUGAGUUCUUGAAGGAGCUUGAUAAAGGAACCAUUGAAAACGUGAAAGCUCCAGCCAUUGCUAUCGAUUAUUGGCGUCUUCCUGCUGAUUCAACUCUUCGUGAUGUUGUGAUGGUUGUGAGAGCAGAUGAAGCUCAUCAUCGUGAUGUUAAUCACUUUGCUUCGGACAUUCAUUAUCAAGGACUUGAGCUUAAAGAUUCUCCAGCUCCUAUAGGAUACCAUUGAAGAAGAUCCACAAUCUGAUCUAAUAAUUUUCCUUUUGGUUUAUAAGGCUUGGAUAAACGUGAUUGUUCUAUAAUCUUGGUGUUGUUCCUGUUUUCGUAAUUUCAAUGGGAUUCAUCUUUCAAGACUGGUUUUUGGUUUUGAAGGAGAAUGGAAUCUCUAUCGAAGGUGUUUUGUAUAUGUGUUUAAUUUUGAUUAUACGAUGGAAUUGUGACAACUAAUCUUGAGAAAGGAGAAUGGAACCUCUAUUCCAACGUUUGUAACAUAUGAAGUCGGGUGACACAAGGUUUUGAAAAGAAUUCGGCUUUUGGCUUCAACGAUUGGUUUUGAAAAAGUGUUGUGUAUUUUUAAGGAGGUAAUGAUAUGAAUUUAAAUUUGUGGAUUUUAGAAUGGGAAAUAGGAGUUUUCAAAAAGCAAAAAGAAUACAUCAAUGGUGUACCUACAAAAGAGGUGGUCAAAUACCAACGCCAUGACCAUAGCGAGACACUUCAACUACUUACCAUUGGAUGCAAUUACUUACUAGUUACUACAAAAGAAGGGACAUUAUUGUAACAUUGUAUUCUUGGAUUUAAUCCAUGAGAUAGUUAGUCUCUAAAAUUGAUCUAAGAGGAUAUUUGCUUGGGAGAAUAUUUUGAAAGAAACUGAAAUAUGUCAAAAACUGGAAUUUGAAUGAUUUGGAGUUGGAGUUGAAUUAUUGGAGUUGGAGUUGAAUUAUGUCUGGGUUUGGUUGACAUGAAAUGAGAUUCAUGAUCAUAAUUGGGAGGAGGAAAAAAAAAGACCGGGAGAAAAUGGAAAUUUUGUUGAGAGAGUAUUAAGUGUUUAUUAUCUUCUUCCUAAUGGUCAAGUGAAUCUCCCU